UUGGCGGAAGGUUUGAAUGGUCAAGGCCUCGGCCCUCCCCGCGGAGCCGCGGCGGUGUCGUCCGUCCUGUCAGGUUCUGGCGCAGGAUUGCAGCCCGGUUAACGGCCCCCUUUCUUCAGGUUUCCUUGCCUUCUGUUUGCGUCUUCUGUUUAUCUGACCCACACCCACUUCCCUUUCUCCUGAAAAACAAGUCUCAGACUCCAGCCUGAGGCCUCAGCAGCUCUGCAUGGAUCUAAUUUUUUCCUGUCAAGUUGCCCUUAUGAGGCGUUUCCCUGCUGUAGAUAGGCCAGCAGAUUUCAUAGCUUUCCCUCUGUUCACUUGUGACAAGGCUUCUCCUAGUAAUUAAUGCCCUCAAUCAGCCUAUCCACGCAAGAGCUUGAAGGUCAUGUCUACGGAACACUUCUCAUCCACAAGAGAGGAAGGAAGCCCUGGCUCAAGACCUAACUUUAGGUCCAAUCAGAGGAAGAUAUUAAACUUGCUCUUGGAGAGAGAUAAUUCCUUUACCGUCUGUACAGAUCUCCCAAGAACUCCAGUGAACAAACUCUUUAGUGAUUCUGCAAAUCUAAGCACUUUGUCUGGAAGCACUCCAAAACGUUGCCUUGAUCUUUCAAAUCAUAGCAGUGGAGAGAUAUCUGCUACUCAGCUCACCACCUCUCCAUACCUUGAUGAAACUGGUCACUGGGACUCCUUAGGACCUCAGGAAAUAAAAUUAGCUGGGAUCAGACAUCACCAGCAUGUUAAAAAAUGCAAUCCAGCACAGCUGCUUUGUAGCACUCCGAAUGUGGUGGACCACAGAUACAGGAAGAAAGAGGCAAUACAUAGCUCAUCCUCAAACAAAGAAAAUGAAAACAGCACUUUGAAGUCCUUGGAGUGGUGGGUACCCAGGAAUCUGAGAUUUCAUCAGAGACCAGGGGAACCUUAUGUGUCUUCCCAUUCUCUAAUGGACAAUGGAAACUUGGAGGAAAGUGAAAUGAAAUAUCUGGGCAGUCCCAUUACAGCUCCAAAAUUGGCUAAUAAUCCAGAACUAGAAGACCAGGCAGAGCAGAUAUCAGAUGAAUUGAUGGAAUUUUCCUUCCAUGAUCACGAAGAGAUCAAGACUUCUCCGAACAGAAGCUGUCUGUAUCGCUCCCCUUCAUUGCCAGAGGACUUAAAUAGGCCAAGACUGGAGCAGGUGGUAAAAUUCAAGGACAACCCAAUACCAGAUAAAGUAAAAAAGAAAUACUGUUCUAACCACAAAAAACUCAGGAAGAGUUCAGCUCUAAAGAAGACAGUCUCUCUCUCUGACAUUAAUAUUAUUCAUAUGCUGGAGGAAGAUUCUAACCAGGGACAUCUGAUAGGUGAUUUCUCCAAGGUAUGUGUGCUGCCAACCGUGUCAGGAAGACACCAAGAUCUGAAGUAUGUCAACCCAGAAACGGUGGCUGCCUUACUGUCGGGGAAGUUUCAGAGUUUGAUUGAGAAGUUUUAUAUUAUUGAUUGCCGCUAUCCAUAUGAGUACCUUGGAGGACAUAUCCAGGGAGCCUUAAACAUGUACAGUCAGGAAGAACUGUAUAACUUCUUCUUGAAGAAGCCCAUUGUCCCUUUGGACACUCAGAAAAGAAUAAUCAUCGUGUUUCACUGUGAAUUCUCCUCAGAGAGGGGUCCUCGAAUGUGCCGCUCUCUGAGAGAGGAGGACAGGGCUCUGAACCAGUAUCCUGCCUUGUAUUACCCAGAGCUGUAUAUCCUCAAAGGAGGCUACAGAGACUUCUUCCCAGAAUAUAUGGAGCUGUGUGAACCACAGAGCUACUGCCCUAUGCAUCACCAGGACCAUAAGGCUGAACUGCUGAAGUGUCGAAGCCGGAGCAAAGCCUGGAAAGGGGAGCGGCAACUGCAGGAGCAGAUUGCCUUACUGGUGAAGGAUGAAAAUAAACAUUGCAGAACAAAAGAUUCAUGAUUGUGAACCUAGUCUGCUCCUAGAAGAUCUGUAUAAAUGAAGUGAUCACCAAUUGACUCCUUCCAUUGUCGCCAUCUCCAUUCAUAACUGAGGCCAGUGUGCUUUUCUGUAGACCACUGGUUCUGAAAGUUUGACCCUGGACCAUCAGCAUCAUCCAAACUUGUUUGAAAUGCAAAAGUUGAGUCUUAAUCCCAGAACUAAUAAAUCAGAACCUCAAAUUAUU